UUUAAAUACAGGCAGGUGAGAGUGCAGGUGCAGCAGAUCCUGGAUCACUCUCAACUGAGCAGUCGGAACAGUGAGUCUACAAAGAUGAUCAAAGCGGCAUUGUCGGCGCUCCUGGUCCUGGUGGCCGUGUCCUCCACCUUCGGGAAAUACAUCCCCAAAUCUGGCAAGAGGAUCCCUCAGACUCUGUCCCGAGGUUGGGGGGAUCAGCUGAUCUGGGCUCAGACGUACGAGGAGGCUCUGUACUGGUCCAGGUCACGAAACAAGCCCCUGAUGGUCCUGUUUCACCUGGAUGACUGCCCACACAGCCAGGCUCUGAAGAAGGUUUUCUCUGAGGACAACAAGCUCCAGAAGAUGCUGGAUGAGGACUUCAUCGUACUCAAUCUGGUGUAUGAAACCACAGACAAACAUCUCUCUCCUGAUGGACAGUAUGUUCCCAGAAUCAUUUUUGUCGACCCCACGAUGACGGUGAGGGCCGACAUCAACGGUCGCUACAGCAACCGCAUGUAUGCCUACGAACCCAGCGACGUGGAUCUGUUGAAGCGCAACAUGGAGGCGGCUAAGAAGCUCCUGAAGUCUGAGCUGUGAGCGUGAGGACGAGCUCGCCGUGUGGCCCUGCUGACCUGACAGGAAGCUGCUGUUUACACAUGACAAUACGCACUGGAAAGUUCAUUCACUGGUCAUCUUUUCUCCUCAAAUCCACUUGCUGAUUCCUCACUUUGUUAUUAUUGCUGUGC